CCGGCAUCUUCAGAUAUACGUGCUCCCCUCGAACGCAUCUUUACAUUUUGGGAAAGCGUUUCCUGCCAGGUGCAUAUAUACUACGUGCAAGUGCAACUCCGUCGACCACAGCAAGCUGAUUAAUUUGAAAACAGUUGCACCGGUCAUCUCUCGCAGUGGUGAGGGGCUGGAAUCUCUCACCAUGGCAAUGGGGAAGCAGCAGGGAGCAGGGCUGCUGUUCCUCGUCGUCGUUGCAGGCCUGCUCCUGCACGACACCCGUGUCGCCGAUGCGCAGACUCUCCGGGUCGGCUACUACAACCAGACGUGCCGCAACGCCGAGUCCAUCGUCGCCGACGAGGUCCUGAAGGCGUCCUACAGGGAUAAGGGCGUCCUUGCCAGCCUCAUCCGGCUCCACUUCCACGACUGCUUCGUCAAUGGCUGCGACGGGUCGGUGCUGCUGGAGUCUAGCGACCGGCAGGCGGAGAAGAACGCCAAGCCCAACCUGAGCCUGCGAGGGUUCGACGUCAUCGAGCGGAUCAAGCAGAGGUUGGAGGCCGCGUGCGCACUGACGGUCUCCUGCGCCGACAUCGUCGCCUUCGCCGCCAGGGACAGCGUUAAGCUGAGCGGUGGUGUUGGGUACGCCGUCCCCGGCGGGCGGCAGGACGGCACGGUGUCGCGGGCGAGCAUGACCGGCGACCUCCCGCCGCCGAACCAGCGGAGCGUGGACCAGCUCGCGCAGUACUUCUACCGCAAGGGCCUGACGCUGGACGACAUGAUCCUCCUCCUGGGCGCGCACUCGCUGGGCGUCGCGCACUGCGGCACCUUCGACUACCGGCUGACGAGCGACCAGGACAAGGGCAUGGACGCCGCGUUCCGGAACAGCCUGCGGAGCCAGUGCCGGCACAACGCCAGCAACGCCGUGCCCUUCGACGCCGGCAGCCCGUACGCGUUCGACACAGGCUACUUCGCCAACGUGCUCGCCAACCGCACCGUGCUCGAGUCCGACGCCGCGCUCGCCUCGCCGCGCGCCGCGGGCAAGGUGAGGCAGUGGAAGGACAACCCGGGCUGGUUCAGGAGCAGCUUCGCGGCCGCCAUGGUCAAGAUGGGCAGCAUCCGCGGCACCAACCCAGGCAAGGUCCGCCUCAGCUGCAACAGGGUCAGGAUGUGAUGAUUGAUGGGCAUGCGUGGGCGUCGACAUGAGGCACGAUUGCAUCCAAAUAUUUUUUGUUCCGUGAUCUUUUUCUUGUGUUCUUGCUAACUCUCGGCAUGUAACAAUCGUCAUUUUUUUUAUUUUUUUAUUUUCAAUUUUUGCUAAUUAGCGCGUGUACCUUCUAUCUGCAUAUAUGCAAUUAAUCAUUCUUUCUGGAAUCAAGAAUUCCUCGAA